AAAUCUGUAUAGAUCCAUUCAAAUAUUGUCUCCAUGAUCCAGUUGAUGACAAGAAGGGGAAAAAAAACUCAGAUAAACAAACAACAGUUUGUAUUGAGCUAUUUAAUUAGUGACAUUUGUCUCAUUCAUUUGUGUAUAUAAACAAUCAUUUAGAUCAUUAUUGAAUGUUGUUAUAAUUGAAAAGGAUAAAUUCUCUAAAGUAAGUGUUAUUUUACUUGUUAAAUUAUUCAUCUUAUUAUUGAACAUGGAUCAUCUUUUUUUUAUGGUAAUUUAAAUAGUUGAGAUUAUGAGUCAGUUGAAGCCCUUAAAUGCCCUGGUAUGGCUAAGAGUAGGGAGAGUUAGCUUUCGCUCUCUCUCUCGAAAUGCUCUCACAAGGACAUGUGAAUACAACCAGUGCUAAACAAAUCCUACUCACUGCCUUCUCGUGGCAUUAUAGUUGUUUACGAAAUUAAUAGGACAAAAAGCGAAUGUCCGGUGCUUCAACCGGGUUCGUAGACACAGAGGGUCCAUAUAGGGGAGUUGGAAAACCCUUAUUGCAAACUAAUGGUACACAUGAACUCCAGUAUUUUAAAGAAACAAAUGGCGUAUGAACCUAUGUUGAUCACCAGCUACUCUAGGAAUGCAUCUCCUGAUGUUGUUCCACUGCUUUGUGGAUUAGACCUUUAGGUGUAAGGCUUGAGGUGUGGCCUCUUAAGAAAACAACCUACUUUGGUUUGAGCACCCGGGAAGAAUCCCACCCCUCACAUGAAUCGAAUGAUUUGUAGUGCAUAUAUAUUUGGUGCCUCCUUGUACAAAUGUUUAUGUAUUUAAAUAAAUAAAUAAUAAAUAAGACCAAUAUGAAAAAAAUGGAAACAUUGAAUGGACGUUUCGUCUUAUUGUGGGAACCCUCAACAGUGUGCAUCCACGAUCCUGAUAGCGGGAUCCAGAUCUGGGACCCCUGUAGCGCGCACGAACUCCUAAUCUCUAGACUACUCAGUUGGCAUCCAACAGUGUCUAUCUCUAUAUUCAGCCAAUCUACGAAAUUCAGUCAUACGUCUACCAUUGUCGUUAGUGAGUUACUAUAUCACAACAGAUCAGGUUGAACUCCAUUGAUCACUGCUUUUCACUAAAACUUCAGGAAUUAUACCUCUUGAAGCCAGUCAAUAGUGAGCAUAUGUUGAUUAAUAUCAGAACGGUUUUUGUGGAUAGUAGUAAUAUAAUAGUUGACAUAAUAAGUCAAUUGAAGCUAGAUCACCAUGAGAAACCUGGAAGCACUGGACGACCAUUUCGUUCUAUUGUGGGACUCCUCAGCUUUAAGUGACUACUAAUUUUCACCAUUUUGAUAAAUUAUUGUUCUAAUCAACAAUACAUUCUAUUCUGGUAAUUUUGAUUUAUCAACGAUCAUUAUGAUUUGACAAAAUCCCAUUAUGUUAUUAGUAUCCUGGAGACAUGAUUGAUUACUUGACUUUGUUUAUUGAUGUAGAUCAAUGUAAGCAAGAAGGCAAAUCUGUCGAUGAACACGUUUAUUUAUGAACCAACCCCAUAAACUUGAACAGAUACAAAUUACAUUAGUUUAUGAAAUUUAUCACAAAACGAGUUAUUAGUCAUUAAGAGAUUAAUAUUCGUUCAGGUGGUUUAAUAACAAUCGGUUUGUUUUAAUGAUAAAUUAAUAUCAGGAAUUAGGAAAUAUUUGGACAAUUGUAUGAUCAUUGGUUUAUUGUCUAAUAAAUACAAGGACUCUAGGAUAAAUCCAUUCUCGACGGAAUUGAGCAAAAGUCCUCAUGAAACACAUUGAACAUCAACAAUAAUGUACCAAGAAAAAAGGUACAUUUUGAAUAGAUCAAGCUUUUUAGUGAGGCCUGUAAACAAUGUAAUCAUGAACACAGUUUAGACGGAGUAUUGGUUUUCAGAAGCUCAAAUGGAUGACAUCGAUAGACUUCCGUUCUCUGAACUGGAUUGUUUAAUCGUGAAGCUUUGAUUGUUCUUCCGAACAACAUAAUAAGUAUAAACUUUAUGUAGAAGUGAUGUAUUAUCAUUGUUGAUCUUUGAUCUGUGAUUGUCAACAUUAACCAUUUAAGAUCAAGGUGGUCAGAUGAAGCUAUCAGUUGAAUGGGGACAAAAGUAAAAUAUGUAUAUUAACCCAAAUAAGAAAUAUAUUUAAGGGUUAUGAGUGCGAUACAUCAUAAAUAUUGUGAACACUAAUAUAUAUGUACCUAGCAGUAGAAUCUAUGACGUAUAUUUCAUUCUAUGUGGGACUCAUCUGCAGCAAUUUGGAUGACUCUCCCAGUCUCCCACAAUGUAUGAGGAUUCCAUGAACCUAAAUAAAUGGUUGCUCUGGUUGUCAGAAGGGGCAUCAGCCUUGUGACUUACGAAGGAACUCGGCUUUCACCAUGAGAUGUUAUAACUCUUCUAAGUGAAGAUCUUCCCACGGCAGAGUUUAAAUGGUUUAAAUUAUUUUUUAUGGUUAGUAUUUUUUAGCAAGUUAGAUUUCUACGUGAUGUGGUCGAUAACCCCAUGCCCAACCCUCCUCCUUUAUCUCAGCUUGGGACCGGCAGUAGCCCCAGGGGGGCUCCAGGCGUAGUUUGUGGGACUCGUCAGUCUGCUAGACUAUUUAAUUCAAUCGGCUAUUAACUGGUUUGCUAGACAAUCCACUUAAGAUGAAUAAAUGACAACAGAGACAGAUCCAUUUUAGUUAUAAAUAUCAACAACUGGCAAUUACAAACCCUAACUAAAGUUCUUUACUGAACAUUUUUAUGCUUUGUAAUAAAGUGCAAACAGGAAAAAAACGUUAUCAAAACAUUAGUGUAAUAAUAAUCGCAGUAAGAAAUUAUGUAAACUGAAUAUUCUUUUAUCCAGAAGUCAUAAUAAUCAAAUAAGUUUAUUGCCCUCAAAUGCCCUGUUAUGGCCGGGGGUAGGGAGAGUCCGCUCUCUCUAUCUCUCCAAAUGCUAUCACAUGGCCACGUGCAUACAACCACCACCAUCACCACACACGUCCUACUCUCUGCCUUCUCGCACCACGGGUGUUGAUUAUGAAAUUUACAGGACGAAAAGCGAAGGUCCGGUGCUUUAAUCGGGUUGAUGGGUGUGGAGGUCCCACCUAGGGAAGUUGGAAAACCCUCAUUACAAACCAAUGGUACACAUGGGCUCCAGUAUUCAGAAGGAACAAGUGGCGUAUGAACCUAUUGUUGAUCACCAGCUACUCUAGGAAUGCAUCUCCUGACGUUGUUCCAUUGCCUUGUGGGUCGAACCUUUCGGUGUAAGACUCGAGGUUUGGCCUCGUAAGAAAACAACCUACUUUGGUUUGAGCACCCGGGCAGUAUCACAAUCUUCACACAAAUCAACGAUAACUACUACUAGCCUUGUUAUUGUUUGGCGCAUAUGUAUUUGGUACCCCCUUGUACCAAUGUUUAUGUGUUGAAAUAAAGGACAAUAAUAUUAAUUGUUUUCAUUCACUUUUCUUUUCUUAUAUCUUCAUCAAUUUGAAUGAUCUAUUUAUUGCCAGAUAAAUCAGUGAUAAAUAAUGAGAACAGUUAUAUGGUUAUCAUUUGUAGUGUUAACAUUGUAUUGUGUAGUCAACAUAGAAGCUGAUCGAAGAAAAGUUAUCUUCCGAGGUUCUCAGUCGUAUGCUGGUUACAAAGGGAGUCAAAACAAUCAAAGAAUGCCAUCAACUUCUCGCCGUGUCGAUAUAAGCAAAGUCCAAUUGUAUGGUGCACGAAAAAAUGAUCCGACUUAUCGUCAAGGAUUAGAAGAACUAUCUGGGUUAAUGUAAAAUGAAAGCUUCAAGACAAAAGAAAAUUAUUCAUUAAACAUACUUUAUCAUAUUUCAAGUUUGCAACUCUUAACAUAUUUUCUUAGUUAAUACAGUAACUAUAUAUAUGCAUGGUAUUGAAAGUUUCCUUAGAAGAUUCCUUUCAUAUAAAAACCAUUACCUUCC